UUGCCACCUGCUGUUGAGGGGGUUGUAGCAUCAGGCUAAUACUAGAAUUGGUUGCUACGAUUUUGGGAGACAUGGAAGACAGUUACAUAUUAACAGAUUAGCAGAAAAAAAAAGAUACUACCUUCACUGCGACUACGUUGUAUUAUUGUAAGAGCAAGCUGUAAGUGGGUGACAUGGCAACCGGAGGCGCUCCAUUUGAUGACAGUGCAGAAGAACUGCACAACUGGACAGCACCCAAUGGCAGUCUGGAAGACAGACUGAACAACAUGAACUGGGGGAUAGAGCAAAAGAAAGCUAACCGGUCUUCAGAGAAAAACAAGAAAAAGCUGUCUGCAGCAGUAGUGGAGACCCGUCUGACUAAUGAUAUUUCGCCAGAGUCCACCCCAGGUGCUGGCCGCAAGAGAGCUCGCACUCCUCAUUCCUUUCCCCAUAUCAAAUACACUACCCAAAUGUCUGUUCCUGACCAGGCUGAACUGGACAAGCUACGCCAGAGGAUCAAUUUCACAGAUCUGGAUGAGAGGAGCAUCGGCAGUGACUCCCAGGGCCGCGUCACGGCUGCCAACAACCAGCGGCAGAUAGCUGGAGAGAACAAGAAGCCUUACAACUACCUGCCUCUGCAUGUCAACACUAACAAAAGCAAAGAGCUGCUCCAUCUCUCAGCAUCUGCUCCAACUACCCCAGCUAUCACCAAGGAAAUGAAGAAGCAGAGCCCGGGACGCAGGGAAACAUUAGGUUCUGCGGUUCCUCACCAGGAAUCUCCAAGGAUGAGUCGCAGUGGCACAGAGAGAGGCCUUCUAAUGCAGAGAGAGUAUGGGAGACAAGAGGCGAGAAUAGACAGCAGCCAGGUGGUGAGCAUACUGGUUCAGAUUCGGGACUACAUCAGUAAGGCUAGUGCCAUGAGGGACGAUCUGGUGGAGAAGAAUGAUGUUCCUGCCAACGUUGAGCGUCUUUCUUACCUCAUUGACCACCUCAAGGAUCAGGAGAAGUCCUAUUUACGGUUCCUGCAGAAAGUUCUUGCCCAGGAGGGUGACUGUGAUGUCGGGACCCUUGACUCUGCAGUUGGCUCAGGGUCGUUGGCGGAAAGCUCUUCCUUUAACAUAGAAGUUCAAUCUUCAGAUGCUUCAAAUAUAACCGGCGACAGGACAGAAUCUGUGCGUGCUGACCAGAAGGAAGAGCUGGAGAAUCUGCGUAAGCAGCAUGAGCUGCUGAAGAAGAUGCUAGAGCAGCAGGAGCAGCUCAGAGCCCUGCAGGGACGACAGGAAGCACUCAUGGCCAUGCAGCAAAGUGCAGAACAAGCCCUCGCUGUGAUCGAAGACACAGUUGUGACAGAAACCACCGGCAGUGUUUCCGGGCUGAGCAUCACAUCAGAACUGAAUGAAGAGUUAAAUGAACUGAUUCAGCGUUUCCACAACCAGCUGCAUGAUUCUCAGCAGACUAAAACAGUACCAGACAACCGUCGUCAGGCACAGAGUCUUUCCCUCUCCGGUGAGGUGUCCUCGUCCUGGCCCCGGCCCGCACACGCAGUUGGUCCACCUCAACGCAGGCCGCUCCUUCACUCUGCUUCUGGCCCACACGCUGGUCUAGACAUGGAGGGAGCGUCUGCCAGUGCCAAACUCACUAAGUUACAAAAACUCCAAGACAAAAAGCAAACCAUGGACAAGAUUCUGCAAGAGUUGCAUUCACUCCGAGACCAGACCCUGAACAAUAACUCAUGUCGUGGUUUGUCAGCACAGUGCAGUCCAAGUAUAGGAGGAUCUUCAGAUUGCCCCUCAGCUCUCUGCUCAAAUGCAGCCUCAGCCUCCAGGUCCUUUCAGCCUUUAUUCACACAACAGGACGGCUCCGGUUCCUCUGACAAGCUGAGGAAACUAAAGGAGGUCCAUAAGCGCCUUAAUGAACUGAGGGAGUUGGUUCAGUACUAUGAGCAGACUUCUGAUAUGAUGGUCGACGCCGUCAAUGAGAAUGUAAAAGAGGCUGAUGAUGAUGAGGAGGAGGAAGAUGAGACAGAGGAUGGAUCCAUGUUUGAAACGGUGUUUGAGUUGGAGCAUGAGAAUCAGCAGCCUGCCGCAAAUAUCAGAAACCCACAGCGCAGCAGUAACUGGGCGGACUUGAACAGCCUGACCAAUGGGCGCACUGUCAGGAGUGGCGCAACAAACAACCAGGACGGAAGACUCAACACUGAGUGUGAAAUCAACAACCGAGCAGCAGCCAACCUCCGCAGCCUUAACGUCACCACGCCCAUAGAGUGCCAGUACAACAGGGACCUCCCCUAUGAUCAGGUGAAGGAUGAAGACGACGAUGAGGAUUGCAUUGAUAAUAACGAAGGGGCACAGGCCGCGCUUCCAGACAGCGUGUCAGAGUCUAGUCGAGGGAGCAGCUUUGGGAACAAUGCAGGUUUUCCUCCGAAGGCUCACCGCCGGACAACAAAGCAAAAACUGCGUCAGCUGCAGGAGCUGGUGGCCAUGGUUCAGAGUGAUGACACAGAUGGAACAACAGCUAAUGAUGAUGACGCUUUACAUCAGCAGCCAAAUAACACAAGAGCACCUGUGUGUGGGGCUUCAGGGACUGGAUCCAAACAGAGUCCCAGAGAUCUCGCUCUUUCUAGCAAGGCCAGAGAAAAGUUGUAUGAGGAGAAGUUACGUCAGCAGAAACAGGAGUUGAGGCAGCUCCAUGAAGAGCGACAGAGACUCAUUGAAAUCCAAGGCAAGAUCCAGGACUUGCAGUGGACCUGCCCUGACCAUCUGUCAUCUGUGUCCAGCACAGCCAGUCAGCAGGGUCUGCUAAGGAAGGCUCCAGUUGCAGUUUCCACCCCUAAUGUCAAAGCUUCUUCAUCUUUCGGAGCCAAAACCAACUUAGCCGUGCUCAAACCCACUGCUCCAGAGGCAGCUUCUUCUUCUGUUACUGACAAUGAGCUUUGGUCAGAAAUGCGUCGGGGACAGAUUUUACGCGAAGAUCUGAGACAGCGGCGAAAGCAUCUGGAGUCAUUGAUGGCUGAACAACAGAGACGUAAUGGUCUCUGUGACUCCCCCUGUCAGAUGGAAGACCAGGAGGGCAGUGCCACUCUUUCCCAGUCUGUCAACAGGGAUGAAAGAACAAUGGCCACAUGGGGUUCCAGCCCUUGCAUACUGGAUGAUGAUGAUGAUGAUGAGGACAAUGAGGAAGAGGGGGAUUAUCACUCAGAGAUAUGUGCUGAGGAGGAAGAGGAACAGGGAGAAUGUACAGAGAGCAGCUCUGAUGAUGACAUCCAUGUCUACACACCAAGCAUGAACCAGUGCUCCUACAGUAACAGAAAGAAUCAAGGAAGCAAUCUAAAGCCACCAGCAGCCUUUUCUGGUGGUAUUGAAGGACAUCUUCAUAAUGAGAUGAAGGUGAAACAACAGACUACAGGUCUGAACCAGUCUUCAAGCCAGCAUGGAGGUGUUCGUCGACAGGAGAACCUGCGCUGGGCCUCUGAGCUCUCCUUCGCUGAGGGCACAUGUCAGUGGCAGGAGCAGAUAAACCAACUCCAGAGACAGCUGGACUUCAGUACCAGCAUGUGCCAAACUCUCCUGCAGGACCAGCAGACACUGUCCUACAUGUUACAAACUCUGCUGACGGGUCAGUACAGCGUCUUACCCAACAAUGUGUCAUCACCUCAAGUCCACCUGGUGAUGCAUCAGCUGAACCAGUGCUACAUCCAGCUGGCUUGGCAGCAGAACAAUGUUCAAAGACUAAAACAGGUUCUGAAUGAUCUCAUUCGCCAGCAGCAGCAGUCCUCUUCCUCCUCAGCAGCAGGUUGGCAGACACAGAAACAGAGCUCAGCACAGGAAUCCGGUCCCGGACCCUCAGCCUCCCCUGGCAUCUUCCCUCCCUUUUCCCCUGCAAUGCAUCCUUCAGCUGUCAACAUGGCAAACUCUGCCUUAUCUCCGUUCUCUCCCAGCUUCAACUUGUAUCCGCCAUUCCCUGCUGCCAUGGAGGAUUUUUCUCAGGGUGCAGAAGAUCCUGCUUCACCUGGACAUCAAAAAAUGGAUCACAGUACAUUAAUCAAAACAGAGUACAUGGGGUUCCCCCCUCCACUGCAGCGCUCUCCUCUUAACACAGCUACAGAAAGAGGAUCAGCUGCAGGACCGAACACCUCCUACGCAAACAAUAUAACACGACAUCCCACAUCGAAAACAGAGCUGCGGGACUCUCCCUCUUCGUCCCCCACUUUUAACAAAUCCCAAUCGAGGCGGCAGGAGUUUGACAAGGCGUCACAGGAAAGUUUUUGCAGUAUUCCUGAUCCAGUUGAUCCCGUCACUGUCACAAAGACCUUUAAGACCGGUAAAAAGGCCUCUGCACAGGCCAAUUUGGCAUCUCGGAGCAAAACUCCCAAAAACAGACGCAGGAGGAACAAAGGGCACAAGAACAGCGAAGGCCAAGAUAGUGACAGCUAUAGCAGCGCUGCAGAGUUUGGCCAGGAGAGGCCAGCAUCAUCUCAUCAUAAAGACCAGAAUCAGAUUUUGUUGGACAAAUUGACUCAAGAAAAAUUGGACAGGAAGGCUAAGCUUGGAAACAAACGAAAUGACCUCUCCUCUGCUUAUGCUUGGAGAACACCCUUCCUCUCUAACAGAAUUGCAUGCACAGAAGCUCCAGAUGCAAGCAGUGACUUCUCCUUGUUUGAGGCUCUGCGAGAGACCAUUUACUCAGAGGUGGCUACUUUGAUAUCCCAGAACGAGUCGAGACCCCACUUUCUCAUUGAGCUCUUCCAUGAACUGCAGCUGCUCAACACAGACUAUUUACGCCAAAGAGCUCUCUAUUCCCUGCAGGACAUAGUGACCAAGCACCUGGCAGUGAGGCGUGCAGCAGAGGAUCAGUUGCCCCCUCUUGGCUCAGUUGUCUGGACAGCUGGCUCUCAGUCUGAGCUUACACCGAGCCAAAGUCUGGUCACCAGUGAUGAAGAGGUGUUGGAGAAGAACUUGAGGCAGGCACAGGACCUAAAGAGGAGAGAAGAUGCAGAAUCUGUUGAUAAUGACAGCAACAUGUCAACCUCCUCCAACCUGGAACCUUUUGCUAAUGAUGACCUUGGCAACACGGUGAUUCAUUUAGACAAAGCUCUGGCAAGGAUUAGGGAGUAUGAGCGCAUGAAGCUCAAAGCUGAGUUUAACCCUUGCAACGCCAGCACUGCAGGUGCAAGCAGGUCUGGAGUGACAAAUGCUAAAGGUGCUUCAGCUAACCCGGCUGAACCGGAGGAAGAAAGUGCAGCCAGUGGUGUGCACUGCCCCCAGAUUGACACCCAGCAGCUGGAUCGGCAGAUUAAAGCCAUCAUGACAGAAGUCAUUCCCUUCCUCAAGGAAAACAUGAAUGAGGUGUGUUCUCAUCAGCUGCUGACAUCUGUCCGCCGCAUGGUGCUGACUCUCAGCCAGCAACACGACGAAAGCAAGGAGUUUGUUCGCUUUUUCCACAAACAGCUGGGAGGCAUCCUGCAGGAAUCUCUUAGUAAAUUUGUGGGCCGUACUCUAAAGGACUGUGGGGAAGACCUGCUGGUGGAGAUUUCUGAGAUCCUCUUUAAUGAACUGGCCUUCUUUAAGCUGAUGCAGGAUCUGGACAACAGCAACACCGCCACCAAUCUGGAAGCAAAAUACAAAAAUAAGAAAAGAGCUUCACAGCCCUGUAAAAUGAAACGUAACCUAGAGGAGAAUGCAGAAGCUUGUGCUGUUAAAUCAGUUUCUCCAGCAUUUGCUGAUGAAGACAAGGAUCAUGAUGAAACAGAAAAGAAGGGAUCUGCUGCCCUCCAGGAGAAUUAUCUGCAGACAGAGGUGAGGAGCAGCGAAGCUUCAGAAGGUGAAGAGGAUGAGGAUGAAGGAUAUGGAAAAGGGGUACCUCUUUCAAUCAGUCUGUCUAAAGCAGAGACCCAGGCUCUGACGAACUAUGGGAGCGGCGAGGAUGAAAACGAUGAGGAGGAGAUGGAGGAGUUUGAAGCUGGACCAGUAGAUGUUCAAACAUCUCUGCAGGUUUCGGCUGACGGACAAGUAGAGCAGGAGAUCUGUGCUAGGGCAACAGCUAGCAGUGAAACGGAGGAGAAGAAUAAUGAGGUCAAUAACUCAGCUGAGACUUUGGAUUUCUCAGUUGAAGAACAUACUCUUGUGGAGCACCAGAACCCAGAGGAGGAGCGUGAAGUCGGGGCUUCUGCUGCAGAGGGAAGCUCUGAAACAUCUCAAGAUGUUCCCAAUGAGUCAAGCACCUCCACCAGCACCAGCCCCAACACAGACUCGCCUGUCCUUGUUAGUGUUGAUGAGAUUGGAUCAGGUAACACAAGUCAAAAGUCUGAUGAGGAAGACUUUGUCAAGGUGGAGGACUUGCCUCUGCAGCUUAAGGUGAUGUGUGAGGAGGAACUUCAGAAGAGAAUAGUGGAGGAGCAGCAGAAUAACAAUCUCUCUGUGGAGAUCCUGAACGGCAACGCUGAACUGCUGACUGGGCUGGUGGGAAGCGCUCAGGCGCUGAAGGAACCAGAGACCACUGAUGGCCAGAAUAUGUAAAGAAAGCCACAGAUGUCUCAAACCGCUGUUUUUAGUAAGAAAUCCUCCCACCCUGUGUUCAUCUAAUCUGCUCGUUUAAAGGAGCAACUCUGCAAGUUAGCUGUGAAUCUUAAAAGAAACUCAACACUAUAAGUUCAUUUUUAUUCUUUAAAAUUUACUGUAAUUUACUGAUGUUCUUUGUUGGGCUUAUCACAACCAGAUUAACCCUUGUUUGAACCUCUGUCCUAAUUCUGUUCAGAUUAGCCUUUUUCUUAGUUGUGGGAUUAGUUGGACGUGUUUUUUUAAUGUUUUAUUUGUUCUUGCCCGGCCCCGCUGUAGCUCAUCUUUUCACCAUAUUCAUAAUUAUAGAGAUGAUGAUUCACCUGGCUGCUGUUAAAAGAAAUAUAGUCUAUGUAAAAUUAAGUACACCCUCUUUAAAUUCUAGGGUCCUAUGUAUUUUGUAUGUUUCUAUGACUUUUUGGUGGUGUAUUUAAUUUUUGGCUACGUUUUCCAUUUUAAUGUCUUUUUUGGUUUUACAUAUGAGGUUAGAUUCAAAUAGUUUUAUUACCAGUAAAGACCAGAUGAUCUAUCAAAGCUCUAGAAUUGACAGAGUGUACUUUUUUUCUAAGUAUGACUGUAUAUAAGCGAAGGGGUAAAUAGACGGGCAUCGCUGUAGUUAGUUGAAGUAUUUCUGUUCACAAUAUGAUUCUUCUCAUCUUCAGACCUGUAACAUUUUUCAGCUUUUUUUGUCUGAUAAUAAACCAAAUGACUCAAGA